GGCAGCAGCAGUUUAGAUUUCGACGAAAUUGGAAGAAAUUACAACAAAUUAUUUAAAAUAAGUGUGCGCAUGUGAGUGUAUAAGCAAGUUUUUAUUAAUGAAAAUAGGCUGGACUUUGCUCGUCUCAAGUUGAGAAAUAGCGCAGCUCUUUGUUUAUAUUCUGUUUGUUUUGAUAAUUAUAUUUUGCCUCUCGCCAAUAUAACAAACGAUAUAUGAGUUGUGAAGUGCCACAAAUAUUGAAGGAGUGUGCGGAAAGUGGACUAUCGUACUAUGAAUAGGCGUUUUUACAGACUGAAUGUUUAUUGCCUGAUGUGAAGAAAAUGGAAUCGGUGUAUGAACGAGGACGUCGCUCAUGGAUUUCUGAAAAAAUAUGUCUCAAAGAUUAUUUUUCCGCGUUUUCAGCGGCAAUACCAACAUUAAGCAGCACCGAAAACACAGAUUCGGUGGAGAAUGAUGAUACGGGGAAUGCAAGUAUAUGGAAUUUAAUGGACCAUACUUUUACUAACGAAGAAAUCAGAAUAUUGUCAGAAACUUGUAGUAUCGACCAACUGCAAGUGCCAGAUGAGCCCCCACUUGUUGAUGUAAAAUGUGUAAAAGCAAGACCAGGAUUGUUUGACAAGUGCAAAAUACCAGCAGCAGCUUCAAACUUAGAGACUCUGAAAUGCCUAAGCAAACGAAUUGUGAAUGAUCAAACAGUAGGACAUCUUAAAUACCGCAGUAACAUUUGGAUUACUGAUGCUGUGCACCAGACCCAAGAUCUAGAAAUAGGAAAGCAUCUCAUUGUUACUGUACGUGUCUAUCAUCCUUUUCGCCACAAAGUUGGAGUUCGCAUCAGCAACCCUCCUCGUUGCAGUCAGGAAGUGGUUCUUCUAGGAGAGCAGAUGCUGACUCGGCUAAGGGAUAAGAUAGUUUGUCCUUCUGACUUAGCUGUGUCAGGAGAACUGAGUGAAAAUCCUGAUCAAAAGUUCACACAAAGAACAAUGGAUAUUUACAAGUCAGGUUUCAUCUUCAUCGAAGACACUUUCUACAAUGAUCAUAGAGACCGAGCUAAUCUGGACUAUAGUCGUGUAAUCAGGGAUUGGGCUGUCACUCAUGGGUUGGGACCAUUUAAAACGGCUUUCAUGGAGAAGACGAAGUUUGAAGAUCUAACAGUGAGACUGGGUUAUCCUUAUGUAUAUCAACAUCAAGGGAACUGUGAACAUUUGAUAGUAUUUAGUGAUGUAAGGUUGCUUCAUAAGAGUGAUUCAUUAUCAUCUCAUAACUAUCCCAGUUUCCGCAGCAUAAGCUCAACAAAUGCUCAAUAUUGUAUGAUUUGUAACUACUUUGUUGCAAGGUGGCUUACAUGUGAAAAUGAAAGAGUACCAUAUGACCCCUGCUUCUUUUGUGAGCAUUGCUUCCGGUCGUACAACUACAUUGAUGGAAAUAAGGUUGGCCAUUUUAAGGCUUAUCCAUUUUUUGACAGAACUGCUGUUUAAUGAGAAAACAACUGGAAUUCACUUUAUAUCUCGACAUCUGUUCUUGACUUAUGAACUUUCGUGCAGAAUUAAUGGUGUAAGUUAAAACAAUUAUACUUAUCAGUGUCAUUAGUUGCUUAGUAUAGGGUUCAGUCUGGAAGCAACAAACUGUUAGAACUGGAGAGUAGGAGCAGAGUGAUAACGGCUUGUGUAUUUACAUGAGUGAAACAUUAUACUUAAUUGACAAAAACAUGUGCAUGUUGCAUGCUAAUGUUACAGUCUUUGUAGUAAUGGUCCAUUUGUAAUUAUGGCCAGUAACUUCAUCAUACAUUGUAAUUUACUGGCCUACACACGGCGACUCUGGUGAUACUUUUCUUUUGGGGAGACACAGAACUUCUCUGUACAAGUGGAAAUGACUAGAGCUGUCAUGUCAAAUUAUGAUGUUUCAGCUUACACAGUACAUGUGAGUGAGCCCUGGUAAUUGCCUCUUCUUCUCUUCAUAGGAGGAUGGUAUGUUACAGGUAUAUACUAAGUCUGAAAAGGUGGUUUCAGGAAUGUCAUUUUUCUGUCUCUAUGUGUCUGUGCACCCACAUGCUAUGUGAACAAUGAGAAAAUUGUCUUAAUAUUUGCAGUUUAUAAAUGUGUACGUUCUGUAGACAAGUAAUUUCUUAAAAGUCUCUUGUGCAUCACAUGAAGGUUGAAGUAUAAAAUAUUGACUUGUUAAGAAGAAGCCUAAUUAAUGCAACUAAUUUUCAUUCAUUUAGAGAAUGUACGUAUUCUGUAGGCCAGAUCUAUCAGAAAGCAGUAGCAUAGGUUGCAGAAGAUGAUUUUUUUUUUUUUGCCAUUUACAUUGAAUAUGAGCUUGUCUGAGCCAGCUAUUUUGGUCCAGUCAUCAUUUUUGUUUUGUAUUGUCAUUUUGCAGUGAGGUGGAAGUUUGUUGUUGCAAGUUAUUGCAAUGCUGUACUGCCAGCCAAGUGUCGUAGUUUUUCCUGUUCCUAAUGUUUAGAUAUGCACAGUGAUUUUUAAUUAUGUAAAAUACCUCUUUUCUACGUGAUUGGAAGUGCUCUAGUAUACAUUCUGAACUGUUGAUGUUACUAUUGGUAUUGAUACCUUUGGUUUAUUGCAGAGGAACAGUUGUGUGAUGACUUGUUGAGUGGAUAAGUUUAAUUAAUUGAAAAGAGUUCCAUAGCGUAAUUGACCAUGUAAUUUCAUACCCUGAAAUAUUUAUUUCCAGUCUCAAUAACUGGGUGGUAACCAUUGUUUAGUGUAAUCCUGUAUUUAAGCAUCCUGUUGCAUUACUAUAUCUAAAAUUGUUUAUGUACUACACAGUCUGUCAACAGUACAACAAAUUGUUCCUUCUUUCUUUCACUUUCACUUUUGACACAACAUGUUUCAGUCCUAAAUGACCAUCGUCAUGUGUCUUACUGUGCUAAAACUGCUACACUGCUCUAAUGUCAUCCAUUCAUCACAUAUGCAACUCCAUGCUUCAUGAUUCUUACCACCGUAAUUGUGGUCUAACUGAUAUGCUCUAAAAAGCACAUGUUGUAGUUUGCUUAAUUUAAAUAAAAUAAAAUCUAUUAACAACUUUUUCUUUAAAUUUUGUAAAAUUGUUAUUACGCCUCACAAGGUGUGACAUCCUCAUGUUUUGAUCUGUGUCCUUUUCUUCAGAUGUUUUAUUGUAGGAGCCUGUUUUUGUAUUCAUAAGCCCGUUGUGUUAUGCCUGCAAUCUGUACUCUGCAAGAUCCCACAUGUUAAUAUUGUUUUUGAUUGUUAUUACUAGUGUUCUGUUAUGUUAUGUUUAUUUUAUACUCACUUUGCCCCUUGUUUGUGCAUUGUUCCCUCCAGUAGCGUGUGGUGUUGUCUUUACUCCUGUAGAUGUGAUGUGCUUGCUUUCAUAUUUAUAUUAGCCAUGGUUGUGAAGAGUGCGGAGAUGGUAUAAUAUUAUUUUAUGUUCAUUUUGUGUAAUUCUUAAAAAAUUGUGAUUGUAUCAAUAUUAGUGUCAUUCAUAUGUUGAUUUUUCCUACUGAUUUCAUAAAUAUGAUACUUUUCCAGUGUA